AAAUGCGUUUAACAAUGCUGCUCCAGAAAGUCGGCGAUGUGUCGAACAAGUUUUCCAACUUUCCCGACUCGUACGUGAAGCGUGCGAUGGAACAGGUAUAUUGGAAAACACCGCGCGGCAAACCACAGUAUCUGCCACGCACCGUCGAACGGCGAAAGUUCCGCUUCACCACAAACCGCCCAUGGACGGGCCAGUUCCGGCAGCAAAACAUGCCCGGUACGAUACGCAAGAAGGUGUUCCUGGAACCGGUCGCAAACUGGAGCUUUUUCCGGGGCGAUCGUGUCGAGGUGCUGGUCGGGAAGGAUAAGGGCAAACAGGGCAUCGUCAGUCAGGUGAUACAAGAACGCAACUGGGUGAUUGUGAGCGGACUGAACUGCCAUUUGCGGAAGGUGGCGGACGAGAAGGAGUAUCCGGGAAUAAUGAUCAAGUCGGAAAGUCCGCUGCUCGUCACGAACCAGGUGCAGCUGGUUGAUCCGUCCGAUCUGCAGGCGACCGGUAUCGAGUGGCGCUACACGGAGGACGGUGAGAAGGUGCGUGUGUCGACGCGUACCGGCCGUAUCAUACCGAUUCCGAAAACGAACGAGGAAACAAACGAUUACAAAACAAAGGGCACGUACAUCGAGCGGGAAAAGGACACGCCGGCGGACGUGGUGAAGGAAAUCUCGUUCCAGCCCGCCCUGUGCACGUUUGAGAUGGACAUUAUGCAGCAGCAGGGCAUCGAGGAGGACCGGGUACCACACAAAACGUACUGGUACUAGG